AUGUCGGACAAGAAGCCCGAGCCAAAGGAGCUCUCGGACGAAUACAUCCUCGCCGCCAUUGCCAAAGAGUCAAAAGAAUUCGACAAGGUCCNNGACGCCGAAAUCGAUCGCAUCCUCAAAGCCUUCCGUCUAGAUGCCUAUGCCGUUCUCGACCUCCAACCUGGUGUUCCAGACAACGACAUCAAGAAAUGCUACCGCAUGAAAUCCCUCCUGAUCCAUCCCGACAAGACCUCAAAUCCUUCGGCACCUGAUGCCUUUGACCGACUCGCAAAAGCCCAACAAGCGCUACUGGAUGAAAAGGAGAGGGCAAAACUCGACGAAUGUAUAGCAGAUGCGCGUAUGCUGUUGAUGCGCGAACGCAAACUCACCGUCGACAGCGAAGAAGUCAAGGACCCGGAUGAUGACUUCCGCAAAGCCUGGAGGGAGAAGACAAAGGUUGUGCUGGUAGACGAGGAAUUAAGGAGGAGGAAAAAGAUGAAGGCCCAGAUGCAAGAGGAAGGUCGUGCACAAAAGAAGGAGGAAGAGGAGAUUGCCGAGCGCAAGAGGAAGAGGGAGUUUGAGACAAAGUGGGAGCAGUCGCGUGAGGAGCGCAUUGGUUCCUGGCGUGACUUUCAGAAGGGAAAGCAGCCCGACAAGAAGAAAAAGAAGAUCAAGACAUUGGGUUGA